CCGGCCAUCUUGGAUUAUUGGAAGACUCAUCCACCCCUUUCCUCGGUAUCAGAGGAGCGUCUUGCACCCUUUUAGGGGUCAGAACUGACCCACAAUUGUUCUACUCCGACUGACAUAAAACAAACGACUAUCGAAAUGUCUGGACAAAGCAUCAUGGACCGCAUGACAGCGGCCAGACAUAGCAUAGCCGGGCAGGGGCUGGCCAAGGUGGUUUGUAAGGCUACCACGGAGGAGGUUAUGGGCCCCAAGAAGAAGCAUCUUGACUAUUUAUUACAAUGCACAAAUGAACCCAACGUGUCGAUACCCCAGUUAGCAGAUUUACUGAUAGAGAGGACGCAGCAUCAGAACUGGGUAGUGGUCUUCAAAUCCCUUAUCACAAUCCACAAUCUUAUGAAUUAUGGAAAUGAGAGAUUCACACAGUACCUGGCCUCAAACAAUUGCACGUUCAACCUUGGUGGAUUCAUUGACAAGGGUGGAGUACAAGGCUAUGAUAUGUCCACAUUUAUCAGACGGUACUCCAAAUACCUGAAUGAAAAAGCAUAUUCUUACAGACAGAUGGCAUUUGAUUUUUGCAAAGUCAGAAGAGGGAAAGAAGACGGUUUGUUACGAACCAUGAAUACAGAAAAACUUUUAAAAACAUUACCAUGCUUACAGAAACAAUUAGACGGAUUGUUGGAAUUUGAUUGUACCCAGAAUGAAUUAACAAAUGGAGUAAUUAAUGCUACGUUUCUGCUGCUGUUUAAAGACCUCAUUCGACUAUUUGCCUGUUACAAUGACGGUGUCAUCAACCUUUUAGAAAAAUAUUUUGAUAUGAAUAAAAAGCAGUGUAAGGAUGCGUUGGAAGGCUACAAAAAAUUCCUUGUCCGAAUGGACAAAGUGUCAGAAUUCCUUAAAGUAGCGGAGGCCGCCAGAAGCCUGAAAGAUGAGAAUGUCGGUAUUGACAAGGGGGAUAUUCCAGACCUGGCUAAGAGUCACAAAUGCCAAUCUACUUCCACACGAUGUUCCAAAGCUAGGCAGUGUUUGGCUCCCUCCAGUCUCCUAGAUGCCCUAGAACAACACUUGCAGUCCCUAGAGGGCAAAAAAGGGGCAACAACUCCAGUUGGUUCAAAACCAGCAGGAUUCGCAUCGGCCAUAAACACCAUUUCCAACAAUAGCAGCAUACAGAUUUCUGAUGAAGAAAAGAAACGGAUAUUAGAUGAAGAAAAUAUGAAGUUACAACAGCUCAAGGGUGAAAACUCCAAGGAUCAAUGUGGCGCCAAUCAACAUGAUUUUGCUAACCAGGAACAGAGAUUAAAAGAGAUGGGAGGCAGUCCAGUGGCACCUCCAGCAAACACUAACCAAUCAAAUCCCUUUGCCUCACCAACCACAACAACGCCACCAACAUCUGGUGGGGUCAACUUGUUCGGUUCUCCGACAAAAUCAACAGCUGGCAAUGCACCUAGUGAUGACCUUUUGAACCUUGCAGGGAAUCCAUUCAUAGAAAAUGUACAAAAUGUGAUGCAAAUGAACAAUGUCAUGAAUAACAUGCAACCAACGUCACAACAGCAGCCAUUCGCAACCCCAGGCUGGAAUUCUACAGGAGUGAACAACACACCAGCAGGUGGCGCUGCUGCUAACUCCUUAACUCUGGAUGUGUCCCUAUCACCUGGAAUGGGUCAGCUACUCACUCCCUCACCAACUCCAACUUCUCCAGCCCCUACUGUCCCACCCGAGGAGGAACCGCUUGAUCCCCUGGACUCGCUGGCCCUAGGGGGCACCACCAGUAGUUGUGGGGGAGACCUGUCCAGUCUGACUGGUUCGGGCGGGGCUAUGGGGGGUGUGCCAAUGCAGAUGCAGGGGGCACAAAUUCUGGGCACCAGUCCCCAAGCAUUCCCCGAGAUGACAAUGCCGGCUAGUCCAGCUCUCCAACACAGGAGUCUCACUCCCAAUUUUAUGGAGCAAGCUGUGGGUAGGACCAGUCCCGCCCCUUCCUCCACCUCCGACCAGGGAUCAGGGUUUGAUGCAUUUGGUGAAGUACUACAACCCAAAUCACAGAAUCUAACAGAGGACAAGAAACAGGAUAAGUUGAUACAGCCUGAUCUUAACACAAGUCUGGUCCAACUGGCUGGUAAUCUCCACAUCAAUGGACCGGCUCAACAAGUCAAAAAACAACAACAUGAGUGGCAGCCAAAGGGUGAACAGAAGAAGACUGGUGGGGCUAACUGGCAGAAUCAGCCAGCAUUGGCAUCCUCAACCACCACAUGGAAUCAGGGUUUUGCGCCUACAAACCCCAUGACUCAACCAGCCAUGGGCUACAACAUGGGUGCACAAACACAGCCGCCAAUGAUGCAACCUGUUGGUAUGAUGGGACAACCUCGCCCCAUGGGAAUGCAGAUGGGCCAACCAAUGGGAAUGCAGCCAACUAUGGGUAUGCAACCAAAUAUGGGCAUGCAGUCUAAUAUGUAUGCUACAGGAAUGCAGCCAAUGGGAAUGAUGCAACAGCCCCGACCCCCAACUGGGCAACAACAAAACGACCCAUUUGGUGCAUUAUGAGAUUAAUUUACUGUGAGAAGUGAUACACUUCUUACAAGAUAGGGAGGAACCGGCUGUGGCAUUGGCAGAAAUCUGUGAAAUUUGACGUGGAUGUGUAUAUAAUGAAACUGAAAGGGAUCAAAUUGUCGUCAAUGUUUCACAAACCUUCAAUGUCUGUACAUAGUAGUAAUGUAUGUAUAUUACCAAGAAGCAUACAUAAUGACUAUAUAUUUAUGUCAUUCGGAUCACUAUGCUCACCUGUGUAACCAUAGUAGCUGCAACAGCACCUUGUAUGUCCUAAUUCCAUUGCCUCUGAUCACCGUAUCACUCCUGUACGUCCAUUGAUGGACGCAGCGUUGCAUCACUCCUGUACGUCUAUUGAUGGACGCGUCGUAGCAUCACUUCUGUACGUCCAGUGAUGGACGCGGCGUAGCAUCACUCCUGUACGUCCAGUGAUGGACGCAACAUGGCAUCACUCCUGUACGUCCGUUGAUGGACGCGGCGUUGCAUCACUCCUGUACGUCGAUUAAUGGACGCGGCGUUGCAUCACUUCUGUACGUCCAGUGAUAGACGUGGCAUGGCAUCACUCCUGUACGUCUAUUGAUGGACGCAGCAUUGCAUCACUCCUGUACGUCUAUUGAUGGACGCGGCAUUGCAUCACUCCUGUACGUCUAUUGCUGGAUGCGGCGUAGCAUCACUCCUGUACGUCCAGUGAUAGACGUGACAUGGCAUCACUCCUGUACGUCCAGUGAUAGACGUGGCAUGGCAUCACUCUUGUACGUCCAGUGAUGGACGCGGUGUGGUGUCAGUCCAGUAUGUCUGGCGAUGGAUUGACUAUGGCAUCACUCCUUUAGUCAGGCAAUGGACUCGCCGUGACUCUUCUGUGUUAUUGUUUUUAUAGAAAAAUCAAAUUACAUAGUUAUUGUAAUGUGUUUGUGUGUAAUAUAGACAGGCUAGGUUUUACUGUGUACGUCUGUGAUUGGCUUACCUGGACUUCAGCUUACGAGUCCCCAACAUUUUACCGACAGGAGAGUGGUGUUGUCAAUAGUAUGUGAUGUUGUAAUGGACAGCUACCAAAACAUGUGAGAAAAUGCCAGUCGCACAACCAGAACUAGUCAUGGGUGUGAGGCAACCUUUAUAAAUGUUCUGUGUGCAAUUCUGUGUUGCAGUUGAAUAUGUCAUGCUUGUGGGGACAGUGUACAGCAGUAAACACUAGUUUCUUAACUUCACUAAAUUUCAUGAGACUUAAUUUGAACACCAACUCCUGUUUAGAUAUAAGCAUUCUGAUACUCUAAAGAGAUGGCAUCUGUAGAAAAUUUACUCACUUGUUUACUUUAAAAAUUAAGAUCACUUAUAUCUAUAACAUCUUUUUUUUAUUCUUUUUCAAACCCUAUGGGUACUGUAGGCAAGGUGGGUAGGUACACCCUGGUGGUGUGUCGACUGAUCCCAGUGGUGUGUCGACUGUACAGUAGGGACGGUGGGUAGGUACACCCCGGUGGUGUGUCGACUGAUCCCAGUGGUGUGUCGACUGUACAGUAGGGACGGUGGGUAGGUACACCCCGGUGGUGUGUCGACUGUACAGUAGGGACGGUGGGUAGGUACACCCUGGUGGUGUGUCGACUGAUCCCAGUGGUGUGUCGACUGUACAGUAGGGACGGUGGGUAGGUACACCCCGGUGGUGUGUCGACUGUACAGUAGGGCCGAUGGAUAGGUACACCCUGGUGGUGUGUCGACUGUACAGUAGGGCCGAUGGGUAGGUACACCCUGGUGGUGUGUCGACUGUACAGUAGGGACGGUGGAUAGGUACACCCCGGUGGUGUGUCGACUGUACAGUAGGGCCGAUGGGUAGGUACACCCUGGUGGUGUGUCGACUGUACAGUAGGGACGGUGGAUAGGUACACCCCGGUGGUGUGUCGACUGUACAGUAGGGACGGUGGGUAGGUACACCCUGUGGUGUGUCGACUGUACAGUAGGGACAGUGGGUAGGUACACCCCGGUGGUGUGUCGACUGUACAGUAGGGACGGUGGGUAGGUACACCCUGUGGUGUGUCGACUGUACAGUGUCCUCACAAGGCUGUAUAUUUAAACAUGUAGAGUACAGUAAGGAUGGUAGUGAGUGAAAGUGACUAAACUACUAUGUGAUACAUAUAAUAUAUAUACAUAUAAGGUGUAUGCGAGAAUCGUAAUCAUAUAUUAUAUAUGGGUUGUGUUUAUUUUGUACAUAAAUCAUGCAAAUUAUUAAGAUUUUAUUUAACCCUUUCCAAUCUGUGUGAGAUUUUUGUAAACUAUCUGUUCUUCCUCGUUUCCCUGCUCUGUCACCUGUUUGAGACACAAAAGGUUGAUUAUCUAUAGAAAACUUCUUUUUUUUUAAGAUUUUUCAGAUUUUCUUUUUUCUUUUCUUUUUUUUAUUUUAUUUUCAACAAAUCUUGAUAUGGAGUUUAAACUCCCUGUACUUACCUAACAGUCUCAGAUUGAUUUGUAAAGUGGUCAAUCAUUUAACUUGUGUCAAACAUUCCUUACCCAACAUUUUUGACUACAUACCUGGUAUUUGUAUUACAAUGUACUUUGUUUGUAUGGAAGCACAAAAUGUAUAAGAAAAUCAUAUUAAUAAUGAUGGUUAUGUGAUUGGAUGCAAAUUUUGGUUAAGUAUAUAAUUUGGUCAUUUAUACAAUAUGUACCCACUGUUUUGUCUAAUACAUUUGUACAAUUACCUUGUAUGGUCUAUAUACAAUGCAUAUUUGAUAGAGCUGAUAUGAGAUACAUUUGAUGUAAACAAAAAGCCUGGGUAUAAGUUAUGUGUUUAUGUAUUACUGUCCUCAGUGUUAUUGCAGUAAGUUAUUUUGUGUUGAUAUUUUACACCUAUAAAUGCUGUUUCAGGUGAACCAUGGUAUAUAAAUUGAUUUUAUCAUUUGGUGUGUUACACCUGAAAUGUUGCAAGAGAUCGGUUAUUCUGUUCCUGGUAUUAAACACCAGAGAAUCAUGUUACAAAUAGUAAUUUUGUUCUGUUUCUAGUAAAACAUAUGAAAGCUACAGGCGAGUUGUACACACCUGAGUUUGGCUACAGGUGAGUUGUACACACCUGAGUUUGGCUACAGGUGAGAUGUACACACCUGAGUUUGGCUACAGGUGAGAUAUAAACACUUGAGUUUGGCUACAGGUGAGAUGUAAACACCUGAGUUGGCUACAGGUGAGUUGUACACACCUGAGUUUGGCUACAUGUGAGAUGUAAACACCUGAGUUGGCUACAGGUGAGUUGUACACACCUGAGUUUGGCUAUAGGUGUGAUGUACACACCUGAGUUUGGCUACAGGUGAGAUAGAUGUACACACCUGAGUUUGGCUACAGGUGAGUUGUACACACCUGAGUUUGGCUACAGGUGAGUUGUACACACCUGAGUUUGGCUACAGGUGAGAUAGAUGUACACACCUGAGUCUGGCAACAGGUGAGAUGUACACCUGAGUUUGGCUACAGGUGAGUUGUACACACCUGAGUUUGGCUACAGGUGUACACACCUGAGUUUGGCUACAGGUGAGAUAGAUGUACACACCUGAGUUUGGCUACAGGUGAGAUAGAUGUACACACCUGAGUUUGGCUACAGGUGAGAUGUACACACCUGAGUUUGGCUACAGGUGAGAUGUACACACCUGAGUCUGGCUACAGGUGAGAUGUACACACCUGAAUUUGGCUACAGGUGAGAUAGAUGUACACACCUGAGUUUGGCUACAGGUGAGAUAGAUGUACACACCUGAGUUUGGCUACAGGUGAGAUGUACACACCUGAGUCUGGCUACAGGUGAGAUGUACACACCUGAGUCUGAAUACAGUGUAAUUAGUGUUGUAAUUUAUUAAGCAUUGUUAUGAUUCGAGAUAAUUUUUGAUACUGUUUAAUUACUGCUCUAAUGCAGGUGACAGAUGAAUUAGUUUAUUAAAAUUUGAAUUUAAGGAUAAUCACACAAGUUGAGCUUUCUGUAAAACAAUAUCUAGGUUUUAUUUUGCAAUCCCUCUCAAAGGUUUCAUGUAUGGUUAUCAAUUUUGUAGAAUUGAACCGAUUGCACUUGAUGUCAUGAUAUGAAUAUUAUGAUUAAUAUUGAUCAAACUUGGCAUUUCCAAAAUAUAUUGGUCCUGGUUACUGAUCUUAAGGAAAGCUACCAGUUAAGUUGAUGUAUUUUUCCUAGAUAAUUGUAAAAUUCUUCCUAACUUCAGUAUCAUUAUCCUUCUACAUCAUGUUGACAGGCUAUAGAUGAGCCAGUGUUGGGUUUGGAGAGAAUACCUACUGCCAUUAAUUAUCAGCUAUAAUUCAGCCUCAUAAGGACUCCUUGCCAACAUUCCAUUCUCAAAACUCCAGCUGUUUUUCUUGUGUGGGUAAUGCCAGCAUCCUUGAUCUCACCAGUUGUGAUGUGGUUAUGAUAAGUGUUGAGGCGUAUGUGUGCAAUCUUUGAGGCCUCGACUGUAUAAGUGUGUUCUGUACGGUGUGAUUACCUGUGCACUGAAAUAAGCCACAUGCAUCAUAUUGUGCCAAUCUUAAUACAUGUAUUUGCAUUCAGUCAUUAAAUACUAUACCACAGUUAAUCUUCACGGUAUCAACACAAUACACUGUAUGACAAAAUGUAGAAUCAAUGCUAUAGGUAAAGUUUUCACUUGAAAAGCAGUAUGUUCCUAGGAAAUAACACUUGUCUGAUAUUAAACAUUACAAGUCUCCGAUCCCAGGAGGGAGACACGAGUGUGUUAUGGUCUAUUGUGUUACAGUGAGGGGGACGAGUGGGUAUGAUCUCGAGGUCUAUUGUGUUACAGUGAGGGGGCGAGUGGGUAUGAUCUCGAGGUCUAUUGUGUUACAGUGAGGGGGACGAGUGGGUAUGAUCUCGAGGUCUAUUGUGUUACAGUGGCGGGGGUGAGUGGGUAUGAUCUCGAGGUAUUUUGUGGUGGGGAGUAUAAGUAGUGUUUAACCAGGUUCCCCACUGUAAGUAUUACAGUGGUCCCUUACAAGGUGUUGCUCCUGUUGUUUGUCACCAAACACCUGUAAUCAUCUCCCCUGCGCGGCGUAUCCACUUUACCUCCCAACACCUGUAAUCAUCUCCCCUGCGCGGCGUAUCCACUUUACCUCCCAACACUUGUAAUCAUCUCCCCUGCGCGGCAUAUCCACUUUACCUCCCAACACCUGUAAUCAUCUCCCCUGCGCGGCGUAUCCACUUUACCUCCCAACACUUGUAAUCAUCUCCCCUGCGUGGCGUAUCCACUUUACCUCCCAACACACCUGUAAUCAUCUCCCCUGCGCGGCGUAUCCACUUUACCUCCCAAUACUUUUAAUCAUCUCCCCUGCGCUGCGUAUCCACUUUACCUCCCAACACUUGUAAUCAUCACCCCUGCGCUGCGUAUCCACUUUACCUCCCAACACCUGUAAUCAUCUCCCCUGCACGGCGUAUCCACUUUACCUCCCAACACACCUGUAAUCAUCUCCCCUGCGCGGCGUAUCCACUUUACCUCCCAAUACUUGUAAUCAUCUCCCCUGCGCGGCGUAUCCACUUUACCUCCUGUGAGCCUCCCGAGUCCUUGUUGUUACACUAGACAUAGCAGCAGACUGUUGGAAUCUAGCACUGCUGGAAAUAGAUUCUAUUUAACUUUGUACUGAUUUGUUCAUACAGGUGGUGAAUUGAAAAUGUAUGAAUGUACGUAACCAUUAAUUGUUUGUGAUUUCAAUCCUGUUAUUGUUGCAGUAAGAUGUCAGAAUAGCAUUAAUAAGACUGCCUCAGCUAUUUAAUAUGAAAUAUUCAAGAGAAUAGAAUUAUUCUGUUUAUUAAUUCAUUUAAGUUAUGUAUUAGUUGGCUGUAAGAUUCAAUGGCUGUCAAAUUAUAAAUGACCUACGUCAAGUGUAACAUUCAGUACCACGGGUCAUUGGUACACUCUACACUACCCUGUAGUUGUGGGACGUCUGUACACUCUACACUACCCUGUAGUUGUGGGACGUCUGUACACUCUACACUACCCUGUAGCCGUGGGACGUCUGUACACUCUACACUACCCUGUAGUCAUGGGACGUCGGUACACUGUAGUCGUGGGCCGUCGCUACACUCUACACUACCCUGUAGUCGUGGGACGUCUGUACACUCUACACUACCCUGUAGUCGUGGGACGUCUGUACACUCUACACUACCCUGUAGUCGUUGGCCGUCGCUACACUCUACACUACCCUGUAGUCGUGGGACGUCUGUACACUCUACACUACCCUGUAGUCAUGAGACGUCGGUACACUCUACACUACCCUGUAGUCGUGGGACGUCUGUACACUCUACACUACCCUGUAGUCGUUGGCCGUCGCUACACUCUACACUACCCUGUAGUCGUGGACCUUCAAUGCACUCUCAUUGUGGUCUGUAAGCUCUAGUUUGACAGUGUCAAGUUCCGAUAUACAAUUAAAUAUUACAAGUGUGUACAUUGUCUGCCUUGGUGUUAAAUCUUUCUACAUAGUGCUGUAGAAAAAGCAAGAAAUAUCAACGUGAAAAAUAAUAAAUAUUACAAAUAUAAA